CCUAAGAUGUCUGGUAGUCCUCCAGGUAGGUCGGCGGCCGCCGCUCACGCGUCGAACGCCGAACUUCGACUUGAGGUGUGCCUGGUGGUCUCGGCUCUUGUACUGCUGAUGGCUCUCUAUUAUUGACAGACGCAGGAGGUUCUUCUGCCACAACUUCAGAUGGCUCGUCCUCAGCCUCAGGCACAUCGUCAGUGUCAUCAGAGGAUAUGGAAAAAUAUUCAUCAUCUGAGGGGAUUGGUGCCAGAUGUCUAUUUGAUAUGAGACCCUCUCUUCCAUCAGCGUACCUAACUAGUACGUAUGGUUAGCAGCGGCUGCGCCCGCGCACUCCGCGGUAGGCCUACUGUCAAUAAAUCAGUGUGCAAAUAGCUACGGUGCGUUUCACUCGUGUCCUCAUACUUACCAAAUUGGCGGCGAUGGCUGGUACUUUUGGGUUAAUUUCGGUUUUUAAUCAUGAAACCCAAGAGUGGAGAACCUACAAGAAUCGGCUAACUCAGUGGUUCAUAGCCAACGAUAUUAAUGACGACACAGAUAAAGCGCAAGUGAAACGGCGAGCUAUCUUGAUAAGCGCACUCGCCGAAUCUACCUACCGGCUGGCAAGUAAUUUAGCAUUACCGGCUACGUUAGAAGAAAAAGGAUUUUCGGAUGUGGUGAAGAUUUUGGACGCUCAUUUCACACCAAAACGCUGCGGGUACGUGGAACGCUUCCAUUUUUAUUCGGCCACCCAGCAAGCGGGCGAAGGUCACGUGCAGUGGGCUGCGCGUCUGAAGGGCCUCGCCGCGCACUGCGAAUUUAAAAAUAUGGAGGACGCUAUUCUCGAUAGAUUUGUAAUGGGUAUGCUCCCGGGCCGAGAGCGCGAAAAGCUAUUCGCGCAAAAUGUCGGGGAGCUCACGUUGUCUAAGGCGAUAGAUUUGGCGGAGAGUAUCAGAGUUGCUCGCACCGGUGGCGCUGCCACUGGCCUAGCUGGAGCCCCGGUGGCUACGGAAGCCAGCGGUCUGUUCCAGAUUGAAAAAGCAUCUACGGGCUCGUCUGCAUCGUCGUCUAACGUCCAGUGCUCGGUGUGUGGUAGAUACAAACAUAGUGCUACAAAGUGUCGUUUUAGAAAUUAUAAGUGUAGAAAGUGUCAAACAAAGGGCCAUUUAAGUAACAUGUGCAAGGCGGUGAAAUAUAUCGAGUCGGAAGAGGUGAACGAAAGUGAUGACGUCCUUACAGGUUAAUUAUCACGGUGGCGCAGAAAGAACCGAUUUUAAUAUCGAGGACCAGAUAUUAUAUAAGAAAUACAUUAAUAAAAACAAAUUUCAAUGGGUAAGAGGAAAAAUAACAAAAAAACUAGGUCAACGGUUGUAUUUAAUAGAAGAUAAAGAAACAUGUAACGUUAUAAAAAAACAUAUCAACCAAAUUGUUAUAUACAAAGGGCAACAAACCAAUUCACCCACUACGGAAUGUAUGGUGCCCACUACACACAUGGUGCCGAGCACACAGGAGCCAACCGUAUUCCUGCCCGUGCCUGGCCCGGUCGCCUCCCAAAGCGUCAGCCAACCAGUCGUAAGGCCGACUAUGCCGGCGCUUCCGGACGCACCUGAAGACUCGGACACUUUUCAUCCGGCAGAGGGGGAAGAGGGUAAUAAUAUAUCCCCAGAGGGUCAGUGCUCUCAGAAAUCCGAGAACGUGGAUAUCCAACGUGUCUACUCCUCCCCGGAGGACCAGUCAUCUCAACAACCCGGGAACUCAGACCCUCAAGACACGAAUGCCCUAAAACCCUUGCCACCGCGGAAAGCUAGACUUAAUUUAGAUUUUAAGAAAUACUUUUAAGGUAUUGUUAAAUAAAGGUGGAGGGCUAGUACGUAUGGUUAGCAGCGGCUGCGCCCGCGCACUCCGCGGUAGGCCUACUGUCAAUAAAUCAGUGUGCAAAUAGCUACGGUGCGUUUCACUCGUGUCCUCAUACUUACCACUAACGUAGGAGUAAUUUGGGUUACUUUGCAGGAGGUGACCUUCUUCCACAGCUGGAUCAUAUUUUGAAUUUCGCACGCUCCUUUUUAUUAGAAUAGGUCCUGGGGUGGUAAGCCAAGCUGGCAAUGAUACCCCGUUAGGACUCCUUCGAGGGUGACUGAACA